GCACAGCCCAUGCCGCUGCAGCUUGCCGAGUGGUGCUGAACUUUCCCAAAUGAUGCUGUCCUGUCAUGGCUUGUCGUUCCCCCUGCGCUUGGCUUGUUGUGGGAAGUGGAGAGUGCACAAGUGUCCAUCUAGCCAUUGCUGGAAGAAGCCAAAGCAGCCUCCGUAUUUCUGCUCCAGUUCUUCUCCUUUCACACCAGACUGCCAGAGCAGAAGCACAAACCAUUUGACGGUGCAGACUGACCAAGAACCACACACUCCAGUUCUGCUGAAGGAGGUCCUGCAGUACAUGGACAUUAAACCAGGCCAGGUCGUCUUAGAUAUGACCUUUGGUGGUGGAGGUCACAGCAAGGCCAUCCUGAGGUCUGUGCCAGGUGUGACCUUGGUGGCUGUGGAUCGAGAUCCUGUGGCGUUUGGCUUUGCGCAGCAGCUGGCAGAGGAAUACCCGGGCCAGGUCAAGCCUGUUCUUGGGCGUUUCAGUGAAUUGAAGGACCUGUUCAUCGGGCUUGGUUUGGGAAACAGGAGUGUGGAUGCUGCCCUGUUGGAUGCUGGCUGUUCAUCAAUGCAGAUGGAUAUGGCUGAAAGGGGCUUUUCUCUCAGCAAGGAUGGACCACUGGACAUGAGAAUGGAUGGAGACAGGUACCCCGGCAUGCCCUGCGCGGCUGACGCCGUCAGCGCUUUAGAUCAGCGGGCGCUUGCGUGCGUGCUGGCUGCGUACGGGGAGGAGCAACACGCCAAGAAAAUCGCGGCGGCCAUCGUGCAGGCACGCAGCCUGUAUCCCAUCAGCCGGACGCAGCAACUGGCCAGCAUUGUCGCAGGUGCGUUCCCAGCUAGCGCCCUUUAUGCCCGUCGUGAUCGCCUGCAGAGGCCCUCGCAUGUGGCCACUAAAACCUUUCAGGCGCUACGUAUUUUUGUGAACGACGAGCUGAACGAGCUUGUGGCAGGACUCCAGACGGCUCAGGACCUCCUCCGGCCGGGCGGUCGCCUCUGUGUCCUCACUUUCCACUCGCUCGAGGACCGCAUCACUAAGCGCUUCCUCAGAGGAGAGGAUCUCAGUGCCCCACCACGCCGCAGCAUCCGCCAGAGGGCGCGCACCCAUUUCCAGAGUAAACUAGAAGAAGAUGAAGAUGCAGAAGAAGAUGAAGGUGGCAGGGAGAGUGUCCAUUGGGUCCGACUGCAGAGGAAAGUCGUGCUUCCCAGUAAGGAAGAGGUCGAGGAGAAUCCGAGGGGAAGAUCCGCGAAGCUUAGAGCAGCCGUGAGGCGAUAGGUAGAGCUUCUGAUCCUGAACUUUGACAGAGGCUUUCACUGAGAAAUAGUAUCAGUGAUUAUAGGGUAUAUAGAGUACAGAGUACAGACGAGUCUGCUUUUAAGAGCAGCCGAACUCUUCAAAAGUCUUCAGAGUGAUAGAUUUUCGCAGAUCUGCUCCAUAAAUGAAAUGGAUAAAGAAUCGUAACUUAUCGUGAAUAAGUGUGCGUUAUGUAAAGAUAAACUGACACUGUGUGCGCGCGUGUGUGUGUGGAUAAAAGGUAUGACACGCUGAGGAAUAAUCGUAUAUAAUAACUGCCAUUAUUGUAAUUGUAGUUAUGUAAGUUGAGAUCAACUGCACUAUAUUCUUUUCAGCUCAAGGCCAUGUAAUAUAAAUGGAUCUCUUUUGUCCAGGCGUAAAGGUAAUUUGCUGAUAUAACACCUUUGUAUUGCUUACUUGGCUGUGUGUUUUCAAAUCGGAAAUAGGACUCAAACUCGCAGACUGCAGUGCUGCACUCAGCUCGUUUUAUACGGCACAAAUAAGAACAAGCUACUCAACGUGAAUGAGAUGUACAGUAUGCGAUGCGUCUGCAGACCAGCUGGUUAAUUCUACAAUUAUUGACGUGAAAUAGAUACACGAAAUAUGACCAUAUGUGUCGUGCCACGGGAUUUUUGUACCAGAUGCUCCAUUUAUAGAACGCGUACGAUAUUUUGUACCGUUUUCGUUGGCUGAUCCAGUAACUAUAAACGAAUAAUCACCUCAAUAGCGCCCCUACGGGAUACAUUUACCACUUUUAACAUCAUCCACGACCGUGUUGGACUGAGGCUGGUUCUAGAGGACUUGAGACAGGGACUCGUUUUAAAGGACUACCGUGUAGUUACUGUCCAGAACCGGAAAUGAGUCAACACUCAACAGCGUCCAUUUACUGUACAUGUACUGACUGAUUCGGAGUCCUGGUCUCCAUGUUCUCAACGCUGCAUGUUCAGAGGUUAGAAAGAAUAAAAAUACAUUUUAUGACUGACUGUCUUGGAUCAACAACAGUUCUAGCUUUGUUGGUAACAUUUUGUUCAGGUUAAAGUUGGUCCCAGGUGAGAACCAGAGUAUCACCGACUAAUAUUCUGACACCAUUGGUACAGCGCCAAAAAUGAAUUUGGCACGGUGCAAACCAAUCAAUGAGGCAUCAAAUUAAAUUACCGACAGCAGUUUUACAAAUCCACAGUAAAAGUAGCGUCAUUUUGGUCCAGAAAUACACUUUAGACCGAGCUGAAACAUCAUGGACAUUUUUGAAGGAUUUCUGCCUGGAACAUGGACCAUUUUGGGCUGCGUCUGCAUGAUUUCAUAUCAGAUUUACAGUCCCUGUGUCCAAAAUCUCUCACUCGUUCACUACUCCCUACUCACUGUAUAGGGAAUUACAAUAUAGAGGACUAUAUAGUGAGCUCAUUGGUAAAAUGAAAAAAAAAAAAAAAAAACACUUUCAGACACCAGUCCAUCGCGCUGGUAUUUACGUCAUUACUGUGGCACAGUUAAAACGUGCCAGAUCAGUCGGCCAGUGGGUUUUCAAAAUAAUAAACGCACGCAUGUAUUUUUGUGAUAAAUCCAUAUUAUACUGAGCGUAUUUCCCACAUUAAUCAAUACAGAGUACCUGCAUCUUUCAGUUUUUUAAAUCAAGGCUGAAUACUUUAUUCUUUGCCGCUUCCUUUUAUGAAAUCAAAUUUGAGACUUUUAAUUUGAUUUCUUUCAGCGCGACUGCAAUGCAUGAUGGGAUAUAUUGCUUUGGUUAGUGACCAUCAUUGUAUACGACUUUUCGUGAUGCAUUGUGGGAUACUUUGAGUGCACUCUAUAGGGUGUAAAUAAUCCUCACUAAGGUUUUGGACAGCACUACAAAAUGGCGUCCGCACUAUAUAGUGCCCUAUAUAGUGAGUAGGGAGUGAUUUCGGACACGGAAUAAGUUCCCUCGGUCUGAUUUCACUUCAGUUUGUAUUUCCUGCAUACGGAGGCGUGGUAGUGUAAUGCAGCAGGUAUAAUUCAAAAUCCAUAAUCUGAGCAUCUGGUAUGAAAAUCUGGUGGACUGACACACACACACUUUAUAUAUAUAUAUAUAUAUAUAUAUAUAUAUAUAUAUAUAUAUAUACACACACACAGUGCCUUGCAAAAGUAU